AUGGAAGAGUGGCACCAAAAGUUACUAACCGGAGGGCGAGACUCUGUCUGCAGGGUGUGGGAUAUUCGCACCAAGAUGCAAAUUUUUGCACUCACAGGACAUGACAACACAGUUUGUUCUGUUUUUACUCGUCCAACAGACCCACAAGUUGUUACUGGAUCUCAUGACACGACUAUUAAAUUCUGGGACCUUCGAUAUGGCAAAACAAUGACGACUCUAACACAUCAUAAGAAAUCUGUCCGAGCAAUGACCCUUCAUCCUAAAGAGAAUGCAUUUGCUUCUGCAUCAGCUGACAACACCAAAAAAUUUAGCCUUCCAAAGGGAGAGUUUUGCCACAACAUGCUGUAA